AUGGCACCCCGUGGACGGGGUCGGUGUCCACACCGGAUGCUACCCCUCUGGACUGGUGCUGCCGAACUGGAAGCUGGAUGUUCUCCGCUUCUCUUCGUGGCGGUGCCUCCAUGUCCUGCGCUGCCAAGCUCGCAAGGGAGCUCUCCUACACUCCUGCAAGCUUCCUGCACAUUGGCCUUGAGCAGAACAGCGGAUGCCUUGAGCCUGCAACUUGCUGGAGAAGAUGAGAAGCGCUUCAACAUAUUGGCACUGCCCACGGCAGCUCUUGUUCUGCUACAGCUGGCAUCAGCCGUGACGGAGUGGAGCGAUUCCUGCCAGAUCCUCAGAUAUGCCUUGGCAUUUUGCAGGACGAAGACGCUGCUUUGGCGAGCCCUUAUGGCAGGGCAGAAGUUUGCCGCCCUGGAUGCAGCCGAUCCGAGCUUCUGGUUCGAUUCGAGUGAGGGCCCGAGGAAGGAAUCGGCUCUGGGCAAGUCCGGAGAGCUCUGCCGAGCUCCUCUGAGGCCAGGAGAGCUUCGCCAUCGCAUGGUGCGCCUGAGGCACGCGGUCGGCUGUGAUCACUUCUCUUCUUUGCAGCUGCUUUACAUGUCGGUCCAUGUAGGUAUUCAGCAGAAUUCUGAUACACUUGACCAGCCUUUCGCUUUGUUGUGCCGCACGGACGUGAGAUGCCUCGCUUUUGACAGGUUGAUGCAGCUCUGGCUCGUCUCUUACCAGAUCAAGUUGCUUCCUGAGCGUUCACACGUGGAUGCGGUCGGAGCACGUUUCGUGUGGCAGCAGCGUGGGCUUCCGAAAAGUGGCUGCCAGAGGUGGAGCCUGUUCGAUGGCAACAAGGCCUGUGAAGUGCACCGUUGGCGCAUUCGCGCUUCCUGGCAUUUGCAGCGGAGCGUGCGCCUGCUUCCGCCCAGCAUCUUGGAGGCGAGAUCCCAGCGUUGCUGCAGCUCAUUGUUGAAUGUGAUGAUGAUGACAUUGGCCACCUCGCUUUCAGAAUCUGCUGCAGGGCUUUUGGGGCAAGCGGCAGAACUGGGAGAAGAUGCGACAAAGUCAUCUGCUACCUUACUGCUGCAGGCCUUGAAGGCGGCAAACGAGCAACUCAGCCGAGCAGAGGAUCUAGCCGAUGCGGCAGGCUACAAGGCGUCGGUACAUUUUGCUCAUUGCGAUGUUUACCGGCCAGCACGUCAUGGAGGCAGCGGCAGCGCUGGCCCAGGCAAGCAGAGGACCAUGAGCAUUGGGAUCGAGCUUCGGAUGACAUCAGAUGACCAUGGUAACAAUGAUGAAUCGGUUGCCCCUCCAUUCAUGUCGGAAGGAGGGCAGGUCAAAGUGAGCGCAAUGUUUUUGAGGAUUGGAUUGUCGAUGCUGUUCGUCGAGGCUGAUGUGAUCCAGAGCCGCGGCCUCGGCACAAGCACAGACCGUUUGCUGGAGGAGGAAGAAGAGGAGGAGGAGUUGUCACUGAGCGACGGCCAGGGUGUGAUGCUUCUGGUGGGUCGACUUGGGGACCAAGCUGUGGCAGAGACGUAUGCCAACGGCUGCAUCGAUUCCGUGGUCGAGCCUGACGCGGCGACAGUGCUGGCACUAAUGACAAGUGGAGCUCUCCAGGCAGCCGUCGAUCGCCUUCGACUGCUACCUCCUCCGGACGUCUCGGAGGAGCAACGUCGUCAAGUUGUCCUCGACAUGCUUGGGCAAGCCGUCCAAUUGCUUCCCGGAGAAGGAGCCUCAGCUGCCAGCACAGUCGGCGCUUGUGUAGACCGGCAAUGCGCCAUGCUGUCCGCCCAAGCGCACCUGGCUUUGAGCAAGGUCCAUGCUGGCGUGGAAACGUGCAGCUUGGCUUGUCACGACAGGCAGAGCCGACAGCCUCACAAGACGGCACCCUGGCAUCUGGACAGAGUGCGGUCUGCUUUGCAUAGAGCCUCGGAGCCUGUUCGGCUGGAAGAUCAAACUGUGGUGACUGCAAUGCUGAUUCAGGUCCAUCUGCUUCAUGCUAGCUUCAUCAGCCUCGGGCACGUGCCGACCAAGAAGAGGCAACACGAGCGCAGUCUCGAAGAACUGCUGGCCGCAAGCCGCCUCGCUGCCAGUGAAGAUGGUGCGAGUGGAGUAGCAGGUGAUCGCAUGCUGCCCUUACGGCUGAAGACUGUGUGGAAGAAGAUCAAGACCUUGGUGCUUGACCAGGUGCGCCACGUGCUGCGGUUGCUGUGUACAGGAAAGCCUUCAAGUUCCAACGAAGGAUGGAAGAGCCUUUAUCGAUUUGCACUCAAGCUCGAGCCGCAUCAACUUUCCGAGUUGGUCAGUGCCUACGACAAGACCCCAAUCUGA